UAGUUGUCGCCUAGUUGUCACGCAGAUGGCGGGACUGCGCGUUUGACCGCGGGAAACAGGUGUUUCUUCGCACGUCGACUCGACUCGAUCGGUACCUGCUCCGCAGUGCCUGAGUGCUGGUACGGUACGGUAUUUGCGGCGAUUGAGCGUGUUUACCCCAUAUAUUGGCCCGCAAUGUCGUCUGGAGUAGGGGGCUGGUGUAAUUGGAUUGGGUAUAUAUAAGAGACUCGUACUCCGGACCUCCUCCAAGCCUAUAACCAAUCCACACCCGCUCUACACGCUCGUUUUGCACGGUCUCUACGCCUGUAGUUAAUCAUGGUAUCCACACUACUAGUCUUUGCGGUAAUGUUCGUCUCCGCGACGAUUGCGAGCCCAACGGCAGCGGCGAAGCCGGAGAUUGUUUGGGACGGCCGCAUUCCGAAGACCUUCGAUGUCAAGAGCUUUGACGAUCCGGCGCUCUCGCCGUUCAAUGUCGACUGGAACCAUGGGAAGAAUCAGACGUGGUCCGAGAUCAUCAAGUUUCCCCGGGUUCCGCAGGCACUUAUACGUCGGCUGACACCCGCCCUCCAGCUCGACCGCAAGUCCGCCAAACCCUGGGCUGUAAUACUGACCGACUCGUCGAUCUUCAUCCCAGGCGACGAGUCGACACGACAAGGCGGCUUCCGGCGGUCAGAGGUAAUGCCUAGCAUCAACAACGGCAGCGACGCGACGGUGCAGGGGACGACGACACUGCACUUCUCAGUGAUGAAGGACGCCUCGCGGCCACUGAACGGGACGCAUAUGUACCACGUGACCUUCCUCGAAACCGCCGACUACGCCUCGCACAUCUGGACGCUGAACACGGGGACGGCGUACGGCACCGACGCGGCAGGGCGCGAUGCAAAAGCGCUGCGUCUUGAGUCGGGAACUACCGGUGGUGUGCCUGCGCAGCUGCUGUUCCAGACCGAGUUCCGCGCUGGCGUGUGGCACAAUUUUGCUGUGCAGGUGGAUUUCGAGGAAAAUGCGCUGGCCGCGUGGUACUCUGCGGGAAAUAACCCGCUGAAACAGGUCGUCAAGAGGCGCGAGAAUGAUGCUACCGGGAAGGGACAAUAUCACAUCGGCCUCAUCAAGCAUCCCACUGGAGACACCUCGAACGUGGUCAAGCAGGGAUACCAGCCGUCUGGGAUCAAUGAGGGCAUCAUCUUUGGUGGCGUGUUUAUGGAGGGGGGAAAUAAGGUCACUACGAAGUAG